GCGGGGCCGGCGCUGGCGGCGCCCAGAGCGCUUUGUGAGCGGGUGGAGAGCUCCGUUCCGCCGAGCCCGAGGGGCCGAGCAGCGCCGGCCCCGCGGCGUGCGGGCAGAGCCGCGGGCGGCAUGCGGGGCCCCCGCCCCGCCGCCUCCCGCCUGCGGAGCCGCCGCUCCCGAGCCCGGCCGGCGAUGGGCAGCGCUGCCCGCUGAGCGCGGCCAUGCGGCGGGCCGCGCCCGGCCCCGCGGGCGGCGGAGCGGGCCCGGCCGCGCUGCCUCCGCCGCUGCCGCCGCCGCUGCCGCUGCUGCUGCUGCUGCUGCUGCUGCUGGGGGUCACCGCGGCCGCGCUGCCCAGCGCCCGCGCCCAGCCGGGUGUCAGGCAACAGCAUGUCAAUGAUGCUCCUUCUACAGGAUCUUUUCCUAACUGGAGAUCUAUACUAUCACCAACACGGCCUUCCACAGAAACCAAGACUCCCUCAGUAGCUGAUCUUUCUCUUGGACAGACUUUGGAGAACGCAGACUUGCUUCAGAUGAUCAAAACAACGCUGACUGGCGCCCGUGCCAGGACUUUGGACCAGAUGCACCUGUCACCCUCCCUCUACCAAGGCAGUGGGAGCAGUGCACCCCAGGAACCCGCUGAGGUUUCAGCCGAGUCGCCUCUGAGGCCGUCGUCUCAAGAUGCAGAUGCUCUAACAGUGUUAUCUGGAGUAUCUUCUGGUGCAAUACCUACAGUAGAAACUUCAGAAGCAAAACCACUAACAAGAAAAUCAUCUCCAGCUUCACCAGUGCCAGCUUCUUCCUUCUUUUCUCUAGGCACUGAAAACACACCUUUGCCAUCCGUGAUGGCUCUAAGCACACCGAUCCUGACACUAACAAAAAAUAACACUGCCACGAAACUGACACCGGAUCUGAGCUCACUAGGAACACAGGCAGAUUUUCCUUUUGCAACAAGAAACACGACUGCCUCACCUCUGGACAUGCCAGCUCUGCUCAUAACCCCCAAGAGCAGCACGGUCACAGCUUCCACACUCGCACCCACAGCCCACGUACCAAGGCAGAUAGAAACAACAGUAACUGACACCCAGAAGUUCCCGAGCUCAGACAUCAGCAAAAGGCCAACCCCAUCCCCACUGACAAUGACAGCAGCUUUGACAUCUAUUACAGCAUCAGCGAAAACAACUAGGCUUCCCCCUCCUGCCGUGGAACUCAGCCCUGCUGCUCCCGACACCACGGCAGCAGCCGCUUUCGCUAACAUGACGGCAGCUCCCUCCCUGGAUUGCCGGCUCUCUGCCAACAUGAUGGUGAAGACAGUUCUGUUUCUGAACACAAGGAGGAUGAUGAUCAGCAAUGCCUUCAGGGAGAGUGUGAGAAAAGGCCUCAACCAAGUGCUGAGACAAGCUUUCAACCAGAAUGUCAGCGCUCAGGUUGAAAUCCUGGAGCAGUCGAGUAACCUGACGGUAGGUUACUACGUCACGCGGGGCAGGCUGGUUUUCACGCCGGCUGCGGUCGCUGAGAAGCUGCUCGCCUACGGCCUCGGCAACGCCACGGCGGACAUGAAACAGCACGUGCCACACCUGCAGGCCCUGGUGGCCCUGGCCCUGCCCUGGCAGCCCCUGCCCGCCUACCACUUCCAGCUGAAGACGGAGCUGCAGUUUGUGGGUCAAACAGACAAUAUUCAGUCAUGCAAAUUUGUUCAGACCAUGGAACAGCGGCUCCAGAGAGCAUUUCAGGAUGCUGAAAGAAAGGUCCUAAACACCAGCAACAACUUAACUGUUCAGAUUUUGAACACCUCCAAUGUCUCCCAAGCUGUCACUCUGUUUUAUGUAGUGAAAAAUCAAAGCACAACUCUAAAUGGCACUAUUUCCAGCAACCUUCUUAAUCAGCUGUCAGCUGAGCUGGUGGGUUUCUACCUCACCUACCCACCUCUCACCAUUGCUGAAUCUUUGGAGUAUCCAAACCUUGAUGUCUCGGAAUCAACUAGAGACUACUGGGUGAUAACAGUCAUCCAAGGGGUGGACAUUGCCUUGCUGGGGCUGAACAACCAGAGCUUUGCCAGGCUGAUGGAGCAGCGCUUGGCCCCGCUGUUCAUGAUGUCCCACCAGCAGGGAAGGAGGUUCAGACGUGCCACCACCGUGGGCAGCUACACUGUGCAGAUGGUAAAAAUUCAACGUAUUCCAGGACCCAAGGAGCCAGCUGAACUGACAUAUUACACUUUAUACAACGGGAAGCCUUUGCUGGGCACUGCAGCUGCCAAAAUUUUGAGUACAGUUGACUCGCAGAGGAUGGCCUUGACCCUGGGCUAUGUCAUCCAAGUUCAAGCUGAUCCCGUGGUGAAGAACCCCCCAAACAACCUGUGGAUCAUUGCAGCUGUGCUGGCCCCCAUCGCCGUGGUCACCGUCAUCAUCAUCAUCAUCACCGCGGUGCUGUGCAGGAAGAACAAGAACGACUUCAAACCAGACACCAUGAUGAACCUGCCUCAGAGAGCCAAGCCAGUACAAGGCUUUGACUAUGCCAAGCAACACUUGGGCCAGCAGGGAGCAGAGGAUGAGGUUUUACCUGUGACUCAGGAGACUGUCAUCCUUCCACUCCCAGUCAGAGAUGCUCCUGCCUCCCAGGAGAGGGAAACGACCCAGGAUGGGAGCACCAUCAAAACUGCCCAAUCCAACGAAACCAGGAAAAGCCGCUCCCCGAGCCAGACCGGCUCCAUCCUCAGCAAUGGGUCGGGAAAGCCCAGCUCCGGCCGGAGCUCCCUGCACAAAGUGAUGGCACCGCAGAAAGCGGCCAAAGACGAGGGCAGGAAAAGGAACGUGGCCGUGAGUGAUGAAGAGGAAGGAGGGAUUCUCUUUGAUAACGUCGCCAAGUCUGCUGUGGACCCCUUUGACACCUCCUCGGGCUCGGUGCAGCUCAUUGCCAUCAAACCCGUGGCCCUCCCUGCUGUCCAUGCUGCUUCAGAGAGGAGCCAGGAGUCUGCCAUCAUCAAUGGGGAGGUGAACAAGGCUUUGAAGCAGAAGUCUGAUAUAGAGCACUACCGCAACAAGCUGCGCCUGAAAGCCAAGAGGAAAGGGUACUAUGAUUUCCCACAGGUUGAUAAUAGCAAGGCACUGACAGACAGAAAAAGGAUGUAUGAGAAAAACCAGAAAGAACUUGACCACAUUUUGGAUCCAGAUGCAGAUGUCUCAUCUCCAUUUGCUGAGCCUAAGAACAGGCAGCCACUGAAGAACUCGGUGUACAGAAGCAGGCAGUCCCUGAACAGUCCCAGCCCAGGGGAAACUGAGAUGGAUCUGCUGGUGACUCGAGAAAGGCCGAGGCGUGGCAUCCGGAACAGUGGAUAUGAUACCGAGCCUGAAAUCAUAGAAGAAACCAACGUUGACCGCGUCAACGAGCCGCGCAACUACGGCAGGGCCCGGCAGGCCAAGGGCCACUCGGAGACGUCGACGCUGAGCUCGCAGCCGUCCAUCGACGAGGUGCGGCAGCAGAUGCACAUGCUGCUGGAGGAGGCCUUCAGCCUGGCCUCUGCUGGCCACGGCGGCCAGCCCCGGCACGACGCCUACGGCUCGGCCCCACACCUGCCCUACUCCGAGGUGGUGACCAGCGCCCCCGGCACCAUGACGCGGCCGCGGGCCGGCGUGCAGUGGGUGCCCACCUACAGGCCAGAAAUGUACCAGUACAGCUUGCCGAGGCCCGCUUACAGAUUUUCUCAGCUUCCUGAGAUGGUAAUGGGUUCUCCUCCCCCUCCUGUCCCUCCCAGAACGGGUCCUGUGGCUGUUGCCUCUCUCAGGAGGUCUACAUCAGAUAUUGGCAGCAAAGUGAGAAUACCUGAGUCCAGUGGAGCAGAUCAGGCCCAGCAUCAUGAUCAGACACCUUUUGCACCAGGUUCCAGAGCUCCCAUGUCUGUUGGUCCACUCGAACAAUCGGCUUUUCACUCAGGAAAUACGGUACCAGCAGUGUUUGCCAUUCCAGCAAACCGACCUGGCUUCACAGGCUACUUUAUCCCAACUCCUCCCACUGCCUACAGGAACCAAGCCUGGAUGCCCUAUGCUGGGGAGAAUGAGUUGCCAGGGCAGUGGGCAGACUCUGUGCCCCUUCCUGGCUACAUCGAGGCUUACCCGAGGCCCCGCUACCAGCACAACUCGCCGUCCCGGCUGCCCCGGCAGUACAGCCAGCAGGGCAGCCUGCACCCCAGCCUGGAGCAGGCUCCGCUGGCCUCCGCUGCCGCCUCGCAGCAGAGCCUGGCCGACAACGACCCCUCCGACGCGCCGCUCACCAACAUCUCCACGGCUGCCCUGGUCAAGGCAAUAAGAGAAGAAGUGGCCAAGCUGGCCAAGAAGCAAACAGACAUGUUUGAGUUCCAGGUCUAACAUAUCUUCUGUGCACAGUGUUUGUGUCUUGCGACCUGGGGUAGCCAGGAAAGCAACUCCUUUAGUUUUCGGCUGCAAACUUUCUGUGAUUUGUGCCAAAGCAAUGGCAUUUUAAUCUGUCUGAAAAGUCAACACUAUGGAGUGACUGAAAGCAGAGCAACAGGGCUCUGAAGACAGGAAAUUUCGCUUUCCAGCUAAGGAAAAGCUGCCAGGAAACUGUUUCAUAUUGAUGAGAUCAACCAUAUGCAAUUGUUUGUCACUUUGCUCUCGUAUUAUGACCCAUCAUCACUAAAGAUGCUGCUGAACAUGUCUGUGCCACAAGAAGUUUCAUUUACAGGCCCAGAGGCAGAGCUGCUGAAAAUAACUUCUGCAUGCCAAAACUUUGAUUCGAGAAGAAAACUGCAGAACAGGGUUUGCUGAAGGCCACGGCUGGCGUGGCAGUGGCCGUGUCAGUUGUUUGCUGUGGGACAUUGUAUAAGGGGUGCUGGUUUCAGCAAUGCAGAGUCAUUUCAGCCUUUUCAUCCCAGAGACUGUAUUCAAACCACAAGAAUUCAAUGUGAUUAACUAAUACAAAUAAAAGUCCUGUAAAUAGCUCCGAGUCUCUUCAUCCUACUAACAGUGCAAAGAAGUGAAAGAAAAGAGGACUGUGAAGAAGGUGAAUGACAUUUCCAUCAUUGGUGGCUACCUUGUCCCCCAGUGCCACUGAUGAGUUAUGGAGGAGAUUUUUUUUUUCAGCGUGAGAGAAUACAAUGCAUGAAGAGCCAGCAAAGGAUAUUGGUGCUAAAAGCUUCCCAGAGAAAUGUAAAAAGGUUAUUCCUGUUUGCUCUAUAAUCGGGCUUUUCACUCUGAAUGCAUGUGAAGCUGGUAAACCUGAGACCUUUAAAUCCUUCCAACCUGGAAAAAUGAAUACACCUGCUUGGAUAAGAAAACCUCUGUUCAACACAGUGUUAUUUUUCCUCUUUCUUUAACAAUGCUGUCUACUAAAGUGAUGCCAAAAAGUGCUCCCUGAAUCUGCAGUUGAUUUUGAUUGCGCUGGCACCGUGAAGCGCUGAAUGUAGAGGACCUAAUUACUAUAUUAACAUGUAAAUAAGUUAACAGCUACAUGGAUUAACAAAAAUAUGAAUGUUCUGUGAAAAAGAGAGCAUUGCCAGAAAUGAUGUUGACUUUAUAUUGUGCAAGAUAAAGGUCACUGAUUGUUACACUGCGUUGUGGUAGGAAUCCAAUCCCAAAAGAAAAUCAAAGCACUUGGGAUGGGACAGUAGUUAAUAUUUUGCAGUUGUACAAACUAGUUGGAGGUCAUGAACAGUUGUUUUCAGUUCCUUCAGCAAUUAGGUUCAGGAACUGAAGUUGUUGCAAAAUUUGUUGUGUUGGGCGUGUUUGAUGUCAACUGGAGUUAAAGGUAAUGUCCUUCAUUUCAGUGGGUUAUUUAGUUAUCCUCAAUUGCUAUUCUGUCUGAUCAUUUCAUUUCCCUGAGUUUCUUUGGUCUUAACUGAUGUGAGAAAGGGAACUUGGUUUAGCUUUUUGGCCAUCAGUAAAUUGACAGAAGGAGAGAGAAGACUAGAAUAGGGGAUAGAAGAAGAAAUUGAUGAAGCACAAACUUUUAAAGCAGAGCUAUUUUCCCUCCUAAUAAUUAUAUUAUAAACCCUGAGACUGUGAUGCAUAAUUAUCCUAGAAUAUACAGACAUCCUCUGCUCCAAUACCUUGAAUAUUGCAGAAGCGUUUGGAAUGCUAGCUAAUCUUUCAAUAAAUGUGAAAUUUCAUUUUUAUUAUUUAAAAUCAGAUAUAAAUAAAAUGUAUUUUUGUAAUUUCUAUGUAUAUAUGUGCUGUAUAUUUAUAUAAGUGACUAGUCUGCUAUAGUCAGAAAAUUUCCAUAAACUAAGUGGAAAAAGACAAAAAAAGAAAGAAAGAAUAAACCCCUGAUAAUUUUACUGAUCAGUAUAAAUGUGCUAAGUCUGGAGGUCACAAAUAUACAAUUGGGUGACUUGGAUACUAAACAACCAAAGAAACUCAAUUUUUCAUGUAAGUACAAGUCUAUCGAAGACUGACUGCUGUCUCAGUUACCUGUCAGCCAGGUAAUACUGAUAUUAUCAGUGUAAUACAACACAGCCAAAUUGGGUUAAAUUAAUAGCUGGCUAAGAGCAUCACACUUUAGAAUAACAACUAAAAAAUACUGUGCCAAACUCAGUGUGCCAUAGAAAGACAGGUUCUGGUUGGCUUCAGUGGGAAUUUCACUCACUGGGAGCUGGGCUGAGUUUCUCUAUUGGGCUUUGUCUAUAAAAGCAAAUUUCACUAGACCCCUCAAGCAGAAUUCUGUUUAUUUUUCAGUCACUGUAUUUAUUUGGAUCACUGUAAGGUAGGUGAAGACAUAAUGGAAGAGCAGCUGAUUUUAUUUAGCCUAAGCUGGUUCACAGCUGGCUUGAGCUAACCUGGGAAGUGAAGCCUGCACCAGGUCGUGCCAGCCACAUUCUGCAUCAGCUUUAUUAUCUCCGUUUUUGAAUGAUUCUUCUAUGUAGCCCAGUGAAAUUUUGCAAGUAAAUGGUCCCUUCUGAGCAAUGGGGGUGAAAUGUGCUGUGUAAUAAAUUUCUCUAGCUUAGAGUCCCGUUUUGCAGUUCUCCUGAGGCUGAAAUGAUGCAAGCAGCCACAAUCCCAUGGAUGGGCACACUGAAGCCAUAGAGGUGGGAAGGGUGAUGUCCCAAUGUAUUCCCAAAAAAGUCACAGGAAGCAGGGCAUUCCAGUUUUAAACAGCAUCUUUUGGACACUUAACUCAGUUUUUAAGUCUGUUCCCACUCUUAAAUUAUGGCAAUUUAAUAGCUCUAGUGAAAAUGUCUGAGGGUGAAGUCUCAUAUAUCUUACACAAUGAAUCUUGUGUCUUGCCAUACUGGAAACUAAAAAAUUUGGAAAAUACAGAAAUGUCCAGGGUUUGGAUGUCUGUAGAAAAUGGAAAACCCCCAACCGAAAGCAUUUAAAUAGCCUUCUAGAAAGAAAAACCAUUUCAGUAUAGUUAAACAAAGUACUCUUCAUACUUCUGAUGAAGACCAGUUAGAGAUUCAAAAUUAAUUUUGUUUGGUAUUAUUAUGGAUGAUGUGCAGUCUACUGAAUAUUUCCUGAACCAUCACUCUGAAACCAUUGUGGUGCACUUUAUUCAGAAAACCAUCUUACAUUCUUCAUUCAUAAUGCCUUUUUAUCCUGUUUGUAAUAUGUUUCUGUAAUUUUUUUUUAAAGUAUCAAGUAAGAUUAUAUCAAGACAGUUAGGACAUUGCUGGGAAAGAAAAAUCAUGCUGUAAUAUUUAUACUGUCUGAGCACAAAGCAAUGAUAAAGUGAAAAUAUAGUGUACAAAUAAUUUGUAAUAUAAUAAACAUUUUGUAUGGCUACAAGUACAAUAUAGUUUUUCAAUACUGAUUUCAAAGGAGAAAGUAUUUGUGUUUAAAGUUAUACCCUUGUCCAGAUAUAUCCAUAACAUUUUUACUGAGAAAAAAGUAGUAAUUUAGCUUUUUCUACUCAAUGCCCCAGUUUUCUUUAAAGAUAUGUUAAAUGUUUAGGUGUAAGUACUGUUUACUGUGUACGUGAAAUGUUGAUGUUCUGACCACUGUCUGUCUUCAGAUUUGUAGAUCAUCAGUAGGAAGAGUUGCAGAUGAAACAACAAAAAAUUCCUUCUUGGUAUGUGUGUCCUGACCACUUUCACUUGGAAAAACACUUGUGACAUUUAUUAGCAUCAGUAGAACAGUAACUUUAAAAGGAUAAAAGGGAACUUGUUGGCAGUCAUUUCUUGACUUGUUGGCAGUCAUUUCUCGACACAUUAUCUGUGUUGGAGAGAAGCUCUAGCACUCAGUCUGGAAAUAUGAGUAAUAUUUGUAUGUCAUAAUACUAUGAGUAGAACUUGAUAGAAGUGCAUGCAAACCCUAUAUAUAGAAAUGAGGAUAUUAUCUUCAACAGUGUUAAUUUCUUUUUCAGACUCUCUUUGAAAGAUAAGGCACGUAAGAAGUGUAAGACAAAAAUGAGAGGAAGCUAGAAAAUGCAACAUUGGGUUGAGUGGCAGAAUUAUUGUGUUUAAGGGCUGAUAUGUCACAGUUUCCAUUACAUUUCAAGAUGUCUGACUGUUAAAGAAUUAAUCACAUUUUAAUGUAUGGGUUUUUUAGCUCUGCAUUGCUCCUAUAAGAGCUGACUGCCAGCUUCUAGAAGUCUGAGGGAGCUUGAAAGCAGCAAGUUUUCUGAGCUCACUGCAUUUUGCUGCCCCUGAUCAUCCUGUGCACAUCCCAUCAGCUCCAAACUCUGUGUCCAACCAGUUAUUGUCCUGCUCUUGCAUUUCUCAUACAUUAACAAAUCCCAGUGGCUUCCCAGUCCCCACUGACAUGAAAUGGCAGAGGGAGAGGGACCUUGCAUGUCACUCAUACCUACUAGAAAAUGCAGCUUUCCCUUCAUGGGUUAAUUUUUAACUCCAGGAGUGAGCAAUAGAUUUCAUUUUUGUUUAUAAAAAUAAUUCAAAGUUUGUUGGGUUUUUUUUCUAAUUUUUUUUAAGGAGAAGAAUACUCUUUGAGAAUGCUUUUUUUGAACUUUUGCCUUUCUCUCAGAAAUAAAUAAUGCAAAACUCGUGGAAGUGAGAUUUAUAUAUAGGUCAGUAAAGAAAUUGCAUACUGACUUGCUCUUUAAAAAUCUUUCAAGAUGGCCAAGUCAUGAAGGCAAAGCUGGUCAAUACUGCAGAAUCUCUCCUGCAUUACACAAUGUGGUUUAGGUAGGUCCUAAUUUUAAAAAUAGUUUAAAUGCCCUCAAAUAAUAUAAUAUCUCAUGCUUUUCAAAUCACCUUAAGACAAUAUUCUUAUGAAUAUUGUAUCAUAUUCAUAUGUAUUUAUAUAUGUGUGUGUCAAAACAAAAAUAAUUUCAGAACUGGUUCUAUUUGUCCAUCAAUUUGUCCCCAUCCAUUUCAGGUUCCUGAAGGGGUACAGAGGCAGUAAUGAAGAGAUAAAUCUCACCAUUGUUCUGAUAUGAAGCUCAUGAAAGAUGAGAAAUGAGCCUUAAAUAGUUAGGAGUUAGGUGGUGAAAUGUACAGUAAAUGUCUUGAAGAUAAUUACAAGUAUCACGAAGAGGUGUUUCAGGAAUUUGAUUUUUUUCUUUCUUUUUUUUUUUUUUUAUUUGUUAAAAAUAAUGAUUGUUUUAAGAAGUCUGACUUCAUGAAUUUUCUACACUCAAUUCUUACCCAAGGAGUAAGUUGUUACUAUAUUGCAUUCUAUUAAUAAUUUUGUAACUUUAGAAACACACAUUUACCCACUGGGCAAUAAUGGGUGCAAAGGACAGUAAAUCACAAAGAAAGGCCAUUCCACUGAGUACAAUAUUUAGAGAGCAGGUGCAUUUCUCUUCCAGAGUAUUCCCUCUUCACUGGAGCCCAGAGCAUUUCUGUGCUGUGUAAACCAGCCCAAACAACAUAAUAAACUGUGGUAUCAAUUAAGGCCUUGUGUAUCUGGCAAGGAGAUCUGGCUGUAAGUAAAAUUGAAGUUUAUUCUUUAUCCCUGUCUUUAUCUCAUACUCUCCAUGCUGCAAUGAGGAAAAAACCUGAAUACUUUAUUUUACACUGAACAAAUUUUAGUAUUUCCUUGUAUGACAAAGAGACUGGGAAGGCUUUUCCAUUUCAUCUUGCUGUUGACUUCUGCAAGCUGUAUUCAACAUCAUGCCUGAUAGAAAAAAAAAAAAAAAAGAAAAGAGAGUGAAGCCAAGGAUUUUGGAAAAUAUGAUAGAACCCAUCUUGCUGAGGCUUAAAUUUUGUCACAGGAUUUAGCAAAGCCAACAGAAACAGCUCAGGCCUAACAAAAGGAUCAGUUCUGGGCAGCUCUUUGGGUCUCAUCAGAAAGCAUGUUUAUCCAGCACAGAUAUUCCUAUGCUUUUUGACUUUUUAUUUUCAUUUAAUGUCUUCCCUGCCAUUGCUGUGCAUUCUGAAUUUGAGUUCUACAUCGUGCACACAAAGAAGUGCACUCUUUACCUCGCUGAUACCUGGUGUGGCAGCAGCAGCAACCAACACAGGACAGAAAAUUUAAACAGCCAUGGCACUGCAUGGCUUCAGCCCAUGUGCUUUGUGUGUUCUCCUAUUAGUGUUGAGGCAAACCACAGCUGUAGGUAACAUUUUCUGCUGUUUUACUGGCAAAACGCUUUCUCCCUUCAAGGAGAACAGGGCUGAGGCAGUAACCCCCCAAUAAAUUUGCCAUCACAAGUGUCUUAAAACUGUGCCAGGAGAGGAAGGCUGCUGUCUGGUUAUGGGUGGCUGGAAAUUGGGAGAUGGAAGGUUCGUUUGCUUUGCUUCAGGAUUUUGGAUUGGUCCAAAAUGUGACUGUGCCUCAGUGUCCCAUCUGUAGGGCAGGGUGAAAGGACUGCCUCUCCUCACUGCUCUGCUGAAACUCAAACCCUGGACUGCAGUGGACACUUUAGUAAGAAGCACCAUUUAUUACUUCAUGGAGCUUUGGGAAUUGUUCAGGACUAUAAAGUACCUAUUCCUAUGGUAGCAUUUCAAUAGAUGUGAAUUUACAAGGGAAAAAAAACACCUCUUGAAAAUAUUUCAGUAUGUUCUAGGAAGCCUUUCCAAUAACAACCUCUACACUUUUUUACAGAGAUUUACAGAAUUUAUAUCAAUAAACUGUCUCACUUUCCAGGCAACAGAUCUCACUCUCCAAGGAAAUGAACUUUUCUUACGUGUUUGAAUUAUGGAAAGGACUAGCUCUGCAUGAUUACAAAUAUCCAUGUUAUCUUUGGUGUUCACAGCUUGAUUCACCUGAAUUGUAAUGGCUGUGUCUGUGAAACUUCCUCAAAAUUUAUGAGUGUUUCAGCUGUAAGUGGGAAAAUUAAUUUUCUGAAGCUGCAAAAUUGAGAGCAAAUCUAAAGCUGAGUCUAGGGAUUAAAUUGAGAGCAUAAGAGAAUAAAGAAUUAAAAUUUUAUACUAUGCAAUCUGAAGGAAAAUCUCCAAGACCUGUUAUUUAAAACUACAUGGUGAUGGUAGAAUUUUACAUAUGACUGAAAAGGGGGAAUUAAAAUGUUCUGGGUCAUUACAAAAUUCCCAUGUUUUCACUGAGCCAUAGAGUGAUUCUAGAAUAAAGCUUACGAGUACAUAGAAUAGUUCCUUUCAUGUUAGUGGCUAUAGCUUAGAAGUUGUACACGUGUUUUCCUUGGCAACUUUGCACAUGAAAUAAAAUAUGUCUUAAAAUCUG